AUGCAUAUCCACCCCAUCUCUCUAGCUCUCGCCACCCUAGUCGCCUAUCGCGGCACCCGCUCCGGCUCGCUCAACACCUCCGGAGCCCUCGCAGCGGCUACUCUCGGCUACACGGCGCUGGCGAAUCCGUUGAGCGUGUUUGGGGUGUGCUUGCUCGGAUUCUAUCUCGCGGGAAGUCGGGCUACGAAGGUCAAAGCAGCCAUUAAAGCAACCUACGAAGCACCCGACACCUCCACACCCUCAUCCCCCUCUUCAGCGCCUCCUCCGAAAGCCAAAACAGGCGGCAACCGCAACGCGUCCCAAGUAGCCUGCAACGCUCUACUCGGCACGCUCUGUGCCGCUUCGUGGCGCUACUUGUUCUCGGGUGAAGUCGGCGGGAGGAACUGGGAGCAAGAUGGGAGGUGGUGUGUUGUAGCGGAUGGAGCGGAGGGAGGAGAGAGGGUGAGUAGGGCGCUGGUAUUGGCGGCCGUGGCUUUCUGGGCGGCUUGCUGCGGCGAUACGUUCGCUAGCGAGCUCGGCAUCCUCUCCUCCCGCCCUCCCAUCCUCCUCACCACCCUCCGCCCCUGUCGCCGCGGCACAAACGGCGGUAUAUCAUCCUGGGGCACGCUCGUCUCUCUUCUCGGAGGAUUGCUCGUCGGCGUGUUGGCCGUCGUGAGCCUGGUGGUCCAGGGGCAGGCGCAAGCGUGCGGGAUGGGAAGGUUGGUCGAGGUCGCGGGUGUCGCGGCGUUGAGCGGGUUCGGGGGAAGUAUGCUCGACUCCCUCCUCGGCGCCCUCCUCCAGCCGACCUACUUCUCCCAAACCCGCUCGCUCGUCGUCCACUCUCCUCAUCCGUCUCCUGCACACCCGGAGGAGAAGAUCGUGCGUGUGCCGGGCUCGGGCUGGGACGUCCUGAGCAACAACCAGGUCAACUUCCUGAGUACGGCAGUCGUAGCGGGUGUUGUUGGAUGGUGGGCGUUACAGGGAUGA